CGGAUUGAUUUCUGACCCAAUCUGGAUCCGGGUUCUGCGGUGCUGCAGUGUGCCACAGCUGCGGAACAUAUUGAUUGAUAUUAGUUGGUCCUUUAUUCGAAUCGCGGUCCCCGGCCUGUCAAUCAUUUCCCCCCCCGCACAACACACCCUCCUUCCCCGCUGUAGUCUCGUCAAGUUGCGGCUGGAUAUGGUCAAACGUCAGUGAGCUCAGCACGCCGACACCGGAGGACGUGAUUCCCGACACCGGAGCUCGAGGAAGCAGCCCAACAUGUCUGUGCCCUCGUUUCCAUGGUAACCGAGAGGCGCACGUCCGUCCCCAAAAGGAGUUAACCCCGCCUCCUUCACCUGUCCAGCCAGCCCGCCAGCGUUGCCGCCACCUGACACGCCACUGUGACUCUUGCAUCCGCCGGACACGCCCGGGAGGAGGACAUGGCCAACAACACGGCCGACCACCCUGCGGGGAACUCUGUUGCCGAUGGCAACCAGGAGGGGGACUUUGGGGUGAGCGUGAUGGACCUGAGGGACCUGAUGGAACUGAGGAGCUCCGAGGCCGUCAACAAGAUCCGGGAGUCCUACGGAGACGUGCAGGGCAUCUGCCGCCGCCUGAAAACGUCGCCUAUUGAAGGUCUGUCUGGGAACCCCGUGGACCUGGAGAAACGACACGGUGCAUUCGGGAAGAACUUCAUCCCGCCAAAGAAACCCAAGACUUUCCUGCAGCUGGUGUGGGAGGCCCUGCAAGACGUCACCCUCAUCAUCCUGGAGGUAGCAGCCAUCAUCUCGCUCGGCUUAUCCUUCUACCAUCUACCAGGAGGGGACGCCGAAGCAUGUGGUCAGGCGGCGGGCGGCGUGGAGGAUGAGGGCGAGUCCCAGGCCGGCUGGAUCGAGGGCGCCGCCAUCCUGUUCUCGGUCAUCAUCGUGGUCCUGGUGACGGCCUUCAACGACUGGUCCAAGGAGAAGCAGUUCCGAGGGCUUCAGAGUCGCAUCGAACAGGAGCAGAAGUUCACGGUCAUCCGCAAAGGCCAGGUCAUCCAAAUUCCUGUGGCCGAGCUGGUGGUGGGAGACAUCGCACAGAUCAAAUACGGAGACCUGCUCCCCUCGGACGGCAUCCUGAUCCAAGGCAACGACCUGAAGAUCGACGAGAGCUCUCUGACCGGCGAAUCGGACCAGGUGCGCAAGUCCCUGGAGAAGGACCCCAUGCUGCUGUCAGGCACCCACGUGAUGGAGGGCUCGGGCAGGAUGGUGGUGGCGGCCGUGGGCCUCAACUCUCAAACGGGCAUCAUCUUCACGCUGCUGGGCGCCGGCGACAGCGAGGAGGAGAAGAAGGUCAAGAAAAGUAAAAAACAAGGACCCCCCGAAAAUCGCAACAAAGCCAAGACCCAGGACGGCAUCGCCCUGGAGAUCCAGCCGCUGAAGAGCGAGGAGGCCGCCGAGUCCGAGGAGAAGGAGGAGGUCAAGGUCGUCAAGAAGGUCAACGUCACCAAGAAGGAGAAGUCGGUGCUGCAGGGCAAACUCACAAGACUGGCAGUGCAGAUCGGCAAGGCUGGUCUCAUCAUGUCGGCGGUGACGGUCAUCAUCCUCAUCCUCUACUUUGUCAUCGACACCUUCGCCGUCAAAGGCCACACGUGGACGGCGGACUGCACGCCCAUCUACAUCCAGUACUUUGUCAAGUUCUUCAUCAUCGGCGUGACCGUGCUGGUGGUGGCCGUCCCCGAGGGCCUGCCCCUGGCCGUCACCAUCUCGCUGGCCUUCUCCGUCAAGAAAAUGAUGAAGGACAACAACCUGGUGCGUCACCUGGACGCCUGCGAGACCAUGGGCAACGCCACGGCCAUCUGCUCCGACAAGACGGGCACGCUGACCAUGAACCGCAUGACGGUGGUGCAGGCGUACAUCGGCGACACGCACUAUAAGACCGUGCCGGAGCCGGACGUCAUCAAGCCCGGGACCCUGGAAGUGUUGGUCAACAGCAUUUCCAUCAACUCAGCCUACACUACUAAGAUCCUGCCUCCAGAGAAAGAAGGCGGUCUCCCCCGUCACGUGGGAAACAAGACAGAGUGCGCUCUGCUGGGACUGGUGCUGGAACUGAAGAGGGACUACCAGCCCAUCAGAGAUGAGGUGCCCGAAGAGAGGCUCCACAAGGUCUACACUUUUAACUCCUCCCGUAAAUCCAUGAGCACGGUGCUGAAGAAACCAGACGGAGGCUUCCGCAUGUACAGCAAAGGAGCUUCGGAGAUCAUCCUCAGGAAGUGCUCCCGUAUCCUGGACAGUGACAGCCAGCUCCGUGUCUUCAAGCCCAAAGACCGAGACGAGAUGGUGCGAAAGGUGAUCGAGCCCAUGGCCUGUGAUGGUCUGAGGACCAUCUGCGUGGCCUUUAGGGACUUCCCCGCUGAGGCAGGAGAGCCAAACUGGGACGCAGAGAACGACAUCCUCAACGAACUUACCUGCAUCGCCGUGGUCGGCAUCGAGGACCCUGUCAGACCUGAGGUGCCCGAAGCCAUUGCCAAGUGCCAGCGUGCAGGAAUCACAGUGCGCAUGGUCACCGGCGACAACAUCAACACGGCCCGGGCCAUCGCCACCAAGUGUGGCAUCCUGCUCCCCAACGAGGACUUCCUGUGCCUGGAGGGCAAAGAGUUCAACCAGCACAUCAGGAACGACAAGGGCGAGGUGGAGCAAGAGCGUUUGGACAAAGUCUGGCCCAAACUGCGUGUCCUGGCUCGGUCAUCUCCCACAGACAAACACACGCUGGUCAAAGGCAUCAUCGACAGCACGGUGUGCGAAACCCGUCAGGUGGUGGCGGUGACGGGAGACGGAACCAAUGAUGGCCCCGCCCUCAAGAAAGCUGACGUUGGCUUUGCCAUGGGUAUCGCUGGCACCGACGUGGCCAAGGAAGCGUCCGACAUCAUCCUGACCGACGACAACUUCACCAGCAUCGUCAAGGCGGUCAUGUGGGGCAGGAACGUCUACGACAGCAUCUCCAAGUUCCUUCAGUUCCAGCUGACCGUCAACGUGGUCGCCGUCAUCGUGGCCUUCACAGGCGCCUGCAUCACGCAGGACUCCCCCCUCAAGGCGGUCCAGAUGCUGUGGGUCAACCUCAUCAUGGACACGCUGGCGUCGUUGGCGCUGGCCACCGAGCCUCCCACCGAGUCUCUGUUGCUACGGAAACCGUACGGCCGCAACAAGCCCCUGAUCUCCAGGACCAUGAUGAAGAACAUCCUGGGCCACGCCGUCUACCAGCUGGUCAUCAUCUUCACCCUCCUGUUUGCCGGCGAGAAGUUCUUCGACAUCGACAGCGGCCGCAACGCUCCCCUGCACUCGCCGCCGUCGGAGCACUACACCAUCGUCUUCAACGUCUUCGUCAUGAUGCAGCUCUUCAACGAGAUCAACGCCAGGAAGAUCCACGGCGAGAGGAACGUCUUCGAGGGCGUCUACAGGAACCCCAUCUUCUGCAGCGUGGUGCUGGGGACCUUCGCCCUGCAGAUCGUCAUCGUGCAGUUUGGCGGGAAGCCCUUCUCCUGCACGGCGCUGGCCAUCGACCAGUGGCUGUGGUGCGUCUUCAUCGGCGUGGGCGAGCUGCUGUGGGGGCAGCUGAUCUCGGCCAUCCCCACCCAUCACCUGAAGUUCCUGAAGGAGGCGGGUCACGGCAUCACCAAGGAGGAGAUCCCCGAGGAGGACCUGAUGCACGACGCCGACGAGAUCGACCACGCCGAGAUGGAGAUGAGAAGGGGCCAGAUCCUCUGGUUCAGGGGUCUGAACCGCAUCCAGACCCAGAUGGAUGUGGUCUAUACCUUCCAGACGGGCCAGGCGGCAGUGCCCGGUGCCCUGCGGCGCCAGCCCUCUGUGGUCAGCCAGCACAAUGACAUUAAGGUGGUCAACGCCUUCCGCAGCUCGCUGUACGAGGGUCUGCAGAGUCCCGAGUCCCGCAGCUCCAUCCACAACUUCAUGGCCCAUCCCGAGUUCGUGCCCCUGUCGGAGGAGGAGGCCCGCAUCCCCGCCAUCCAGGAGACCGGAGACGGGAUCCAAGACCCCGCCAGCGCCUCCUCCGGGGCGGGGGAGGCGUGAGCGCCCCGUCGGAGCUCCGCCUCCUCCCCUGCCUCCAUUCGUCCCCUUGCCGCCUUGUCUUUGUCGUACGGACCGCCGCCUCCUCCUCCCUGCCUGUGAGUCCUCGCCGCCGUGGCGCACACGCGGCAGCAGAGGGCGCCACUUCUCUCUUCUUCUUUUUUUUUUUUUUUUACAAGCAGAGUUUGCAGCCGCAUGUCGCCUUCGCUACUUGCUUCCUCGGGGAAAUGGACCUGGACUCGCUUGUGGUGUACAUACGCUCCCCCCGCCCCUCAGGUCACAUGACCAACCCUGACGCCGCCAGGUCACGUGACCAAACAUCCUGACGCCGCCGGGUCACGUGACCAAACAUCCUAACGCCGCCAGGUCACGUGACCAAACAUCCUGACGCCGCCGGGUCACGUGACCAAACAUCAUGACGCCGCCAGGUCACGUGACCAAACAUCCUGACGCCGCCGGGUCACGUGACCAAACAUCCUGACGCCGCCGGGUCACGUGACCAAACAUCAUGACGCCGCCUGGUCACGUGACCAAACAUCCUGACGCCGCCGGGUCACGUGACCAAACAUCCUGACGCCACCAGGUCACGUGACCAAACAUCCUGACGCCGCCUGGUCACGUGACCAAACAUCCUGACGCCGCCAGGUCACGUGACCAAACAUCCUGACGCCGCCAGGUCACGUGACCAAACAUCCUGACGCCGCCAGGUCACGUGACCAAACAUCCCGACGCCGCCAGGUCACGUGACCAAACAUCCUGACGCCGCCAGGUCACGUGACCAAACAUCCUGACGCCGCCAGGUCACGUGACCAAACAUCCCGACGCCGCCAGGUCACGUGACCAAACAUCCUGACGCCGCCAGGUCACGUGACCAAACAUCCUGACGCCGCCAGGUCACGUGACCAAACAUCCUGACGCCGCCUGGUCACGUGACCAAACGUCAUCUUCUUUCAAAUCCAAACACUUUUUUGUAUCCCUUAAGGAAUGUCGCGUGCUUCUCCAAUGUUUGACUUUAAAGGACAACUUCCUGUUUCACUUCCUGUCGUCAUCUGCCGGGAACCUUUGCUCCCAAAAUAGCCAACAGGCUUCUCAACACGUCGCCUCGCACGCCCUUCCUGUCUGCCGGACGCCACUUCCUGUCGCUACUCAUCCGGCAUCGUGACGUCCACGCCUGUCGCUUUAAGAGAAGAAACACCCGAUUGGCUGGUUCCAAAAACACUAGCGUACAUACAGCAUAAGCCACACCCACUACAUUUUUGAAGAAAACAAAUGUUUCCACAUAUAAGUCGCAGAUUUCAAUGUUUAUUUACACCCCUUAACGGUGUCCGUAGCAGGGCAGUAAAACGGCCGAUCGAACAAAACAGAAGUCGACUCCACGCUGACGAAACUGAAACAAUACAAAAAGAAUGCCGCCGUAAGUUAAAUAAUGCUAACACUCAGCAACGAUGCUAGCUCGAUUAGCACGUGUGCGUGAAAACACUCCUGAGGAGGUUUUCAUGAGUAAGAAUUGUUUUGGUUAUAUUGUAAAACUUACAGACGUUGCGAGAGGACGAAACAAUGCUUCUACUUCCAGUUUGAAGCUAUGAAACGGAAGCAAAGUCAUCCACAAGAUGGCGCCGCAGCCCAAAAAUAAAACACCUUUGCAGCAUCUCUUUUUUUUUUAGAUUUAUUGGCAGCGAAGAAAAAUCCAUAAAUUAGCCGCACCGUUUUAUAAGGCAGAGGGCUCAAAGCGUGGGAGGAAAAAAAGUAAUGGAUGGUCGUCAUGUAGUCAUUUCCUUUUAGAGACUUUCUGCUAUGGAACCAGUGCAGUGUCAAUACAGCUAGCGAGUGGGCCAGUCGUUUGAUUCAUUCCAUUCAUUUGAGUUGUUUGAUUCGUUUUAUUCAUUUGAUACGUUUGAUUAAUUUGAGUCGUCUGAUUUAUUUGAAUUGUUCCAUUAGUUUUAUUCAUUCGAUACGUUUGAUUCAUUUCAGUCAUAUGACUUCAUUUAGUUUGUUAGAUUCCUUUGAGUCGUUACAUUCAUCCGAUUACGACUCAUUCAUCCGAUUAAUUUUUCAUUUGAUAUCUUUAAUUCAUUAGAGUCGUUUGUUUCUUUUGAUUUGUUAUAUUUGUUAUAUUCAUUAGGUUUGGUUGAUUACUUUGCGUAGUUUGAUUCCCUUGAGUCGUUUGAGUCAUUCGAUUCAUUUGAGUGGUUUAAUUCAAUUGAUUGAUUCAAUUUGUUUUAGUCAUUUGAUACGUUGGAUUCAUUUGACUCGUUUGAUUCGUGUGAUUUGUUUUAUUCAUUAGCUUAGGUUGAUUUCUUUGAGUCAUUUGAUUCGUUCGAUUAGUUCUAUUCAUUAGAUUUAGAGCCGCGACCCCAAAAGGGACAUGUGGUUGUGGUAGGAAAUUAAUGGAUGGAUGGAUGAAUGGUUGAUUCCUUUGAUUCGUUUAAUUCAUUUAGUUAGUUUGAUUCCUUUGAGUCGUUUGAUUCAUUCGCUUAAUUUGAUUUGUUUGAUUCGUCCGAUUUGUUUUAUUCAUUACAUUUGGAGCCGCGACCCCAAAAGGGACAUGUGGUAGAAAAUGGAUGGAUGGAUGAAUGGUUGAUUAAUUUGAUGCAUUUGAUUCGUUUAAUUCAUUUAGUUAGUUUGAUUCCUUUGAGUCGUUUGAUUCAUUCACAUGAUUUGAUUUGUUUUAUUCAUUAGAUUUGGAGCCGCGACCCCAAAAGGGACAUGUGGUAGAAAAUGUAUGGAUGGAUGAAUGGUUGAUUGAUUUGAUUCCUUUGAUUCGUUUAAUUCAUUUAGUUAGUUUGAUUCCUUUGAGUCGUUUGAUUCAUUCAAUUAAUUUGAUUUGUUUGAUUCGUUCGAUUUGUUUUAUUCAUUAGAUUUGGAGCCGCGACCCCAAAAGGGACAUGUGGUAGAAAAUGUAUGGAUGGAUGGAGGGAUGAAUGGUUGAUUCAUUUGAUUCCUUUGAUUCGUUUAAUUCAUUUAGUUAGUUUGAUUCCUUUGAGUCGUUUGAUUCAUUCGCUUACUUUGAUUUGUUUGAUUCGUUCGAUUUGUUUUAUUCAUUAAAUUUGGAGCCGCGACCCCAAAAGGGACAUGUGGUAGAAAAUGGAUGGAUGGAUGGAUGGAUGAAUGGUUGAUUCAUUUGAUUCGUUUAAUUCAUUUAGUUCGUUUGAUUCCUUUGAGUCGUUUGAUUCAUUCGAUUAAUUUGAUUUGUUUGAUUCGUUCGAUUUGUUUUAUUCAUUAGAUUUGGAGCCGCAACCCCUAAAGGGACAUGUGGUAGAAAAUGGAUGGAUGCAUGAAUGGUUGAUUCAUUUGAUUCCUUUGAUUCAUUUCAUUCAUUUAGUUUGUUUGAUUCCUAUGAGUCGUUUGAUUCAUUCGAUUCAUUUCAUUUGUUUGAUUCGUUCGAUUUGUUUUAUUCAUUGGGUACGUUUGAUUAAUUUGAGUCGUUUGAGUCAUUUGAUUCGUUUCAUUCAUUCGAUUUGGUGCCACGACCCUAAAAGGUACAAGCCAUAGGAAAUGGAUGGAUAGUUGAUUCAUUUGAGUCAUUUGAUUCCUUUUGAUUCGUUUUAUUCAUUAGGUGUGGUUGAUUCAUUUGAGUCGUUCGAUUCAUUUAAUUGGUUUGAUUCCUUUGAGUGUGUGCCGCACACUCACCGAGUCAGUGAAGUUGGGGGUGAACUUUGACCCCCGGCAGACAGGAAGCUGACGUCGGUGACACAGGUGGUUUUGUUCGGUCUUCGGUCGCCUCGCCGGUGAACCCGGUCAGGACUUCCUGUGGCCACAGGAAGUCCUCCUGCCAUAAUCGGUGCGAAAGCCAGCUUUUUCUAGCCAACUCAGAGCCAUAUCCCCCGCCAUGUUGCUUUGGAAGCCCCGCCCCCUGGCGAGGUCCAGGACCACGUUUACAUGAAGCGUCAGGCCUUCGCUCGCCCUCUCUCUUUCUCUCUCAUCAGUUUCAGUCUUUUGCUCAUUUUUUACGACUCCUCCCUCUUUUUAUAGUCGCCACUUUUUAAUCUUUUGGAGAAAACGCCACGCGUCGGCGAGCGUUUUGGCGAACGACACCAAUCCAGCGUCUUUUUUUCACUCUCUGUAAAUAGAAUGUCGCCAUGGUUACCUGACGUUAGGGCUCACAGAACUGCACAGGUUUACUUCCUGGCGAGGCCCCGCCCCCUUCACGCACCUGGAGCAGGAAGUGUCCGUCUGGCUCCCACUUCCUGUUCCCGGGACGCCGCAUGAGUCUCGCUGAACCGGGCCCAGGACUCCGGGCAGCAUUGGGAGGGGGCGUGGCCUGUGACAUCACGCCUUCUUCCUGUGCACGUGUAAAUAGGAGGGCGGCCAGAUCAUCGCCUCGCUUCCACCAGACCGCCGUCCUGGUCUCGCCGUCCUGGUCUCGGACCGGUCGCCCUCCGGUCCGUCUUGAUGCACCUCACCGGACACGGACUGACUUCCGGGUCCCAGAACAUUCCCUUCUUGUGUCCUUUUUACGGAGGAAGUCCCGCCGUUUGACUUCCUGCCUCCUCGGGGCAGCUUCCUGUCUCUGGGUCUUGUUUGGCGAGACCGAGGGAAGACCAGCGGACCGACUCCCAGUCCCUUUAUACGCCGACUUGCUAUCCAAAUAUUGCCCUGGACUACAGUGGAACCUCCGACACACACACACACACACACACACACGCACACACACACACCUUCAUUCACCUUUUCUAUGCUUAGCAACACACUACUAGAGGUCAAAGGUCACCACCCAAUCAAGUCUUCGGUUUUUGUUUGUGCUGACCUGACUCAAUGUUUCGUUUAUUUGAUUCGAGUGAAUCAUUUGAUUCGAUUGAUUCAUUUCAUUUUUUCAAUUCAUAUGAGUCGUUUGAAUCAUCUGAUGCAAUUGAUACAUUUGACUCAUUUAAUUCAUUUAAAUAGUUUGAGUCAUUUCAUUCGUUUGAGUCAUUUGAUUCAAAAAUUCCAUCUGAUUCAUUUAGUCUGUUUGAGUUUUUUGAUUCAAUUGAUUCGUUUGAUUCAUUUAAGUCGUUUGAUUCAUUUCAUUCGUCUGAAUCAUUUGAUUCGAUUGAUUCCGUUGAGUAAUUUGAUUCGAUUGAUUCAUUUGUUUCAUUUAAUCCGUUUGAUUAAAUGAAACAUUCGAUUCAUUUUAGUUGUUUUAUUUGUUUGAAUCAUUUGAUUCGAUUGAUUCAGUUGAGUAAUUUGAUUCAAUUGAUUCAUUUGAUUCAAUUGAUUCAUUUGUUUCAUUUAAUCCGUUUGAUUUGUCUGAUUCAUUCGAUUCAUUUUAGUCGUUUUAUUUGUUUGAAUCAUUUGAUUCGAUUGAUUCAGUUGAGUAAUUUGAUUCGAUUGAUUAAUUUGUGUUAUUUGAUUCGAUUGAUUCAUUUGAUUCAAUUGAUUCAUUUGUUUCAUUUAAUCCGUUUGAUUUGUCUGAUUCAUUCGAUUCAUUUUAGCCGUUUUAUUUGUUUGAAUCAUUUGAUUCGAUUGAUUCAGUUAAGUCAUUUGAUUCUAUUGAUUCAUAUGAUUCGAUUGAGUCAUAUGAUUUGAAUGAUUCAUUUGAGUCGUUUGAUUCAUUUGAGUCCUUUAAAUCAGUGGUUUUGUUUGAUUCAUUUGAGUCAUUUGAUUCGAUUGAUUUUUUUAGUCCUUUGAUUUAUUUGAUUCGAUUGAAUCAUGUGAUCAUUUGAGUCUUUUCAAUCAUUGAAUUUGUUGGAUUAAUUUGAGUCACUUGAUUCAUUCGAAUUGUUUGAUUCGUUCCAUACAUUAAACGUGUUUGGUUCCUUUGAGUAGUUUGAUUCAUUUGAUCAUUUGAUUCGAUUGAUUCAAUUGAUUCAUUUGAUUCGUUUGCUUGAUUUUAGUCAUGUGAUUAAUUUGAUGUGUUUGAUUAAUUUGUUUCGUUUGAUUCAUUUGAUUAUUUUGUUGUGCUGCUGUCAAAGAGGUCUGGCGUGCACAUUUUAAUUAUGUCUACUUUUUUUUCUACUUAUUAUUCUUUAUUCCUUUUUCUGUAUGGCUAAAAAGCUCUUGUGCUACAAUUUGAAAAAUAAUAAUAAUCUUUCCAAUUAUUGAAGUCAAACAUUGUGACAACUUCAGGUAAUGUUUACUGUGAAAAGGCAACAAAAGACACCAUUGAAAUUAAAUUUAUAUAUAUAUAUAUAUAUAUAUAUCUACACAAAUAGACUAUUAGGCCAAAGAAAAAGAUGCUCAAUUUCAGAUUGUAGACAUUUGGGGGUUCCACUGUAGUGUUGUUUGUUAUAACAUGAAUAUAUGUUAUAAAAAAGUAUAUGUUAUAAUAUGAAAAUAUUUAUGUUACAGCAUGAAUAUGUUAUAAAAUAAAUAUAUGUUAUAAUAUGAAUAUAUUUAUGUUAUAAUAUGAAUAUUUUACGUCUUAAUAUGAAUAUAUUUAUGUUACAAUCUGAAUAUAUUUUUGUUAUAAUAUGAGUAUAUUUAUCCUACAAUAUGAAUGUAAUUGUUUUAAUGUGAAUAUAAUUUAUAAUAUGAAUAUAUUUAUGUUAUAAUAUGAAUAUAUAUGUUAUAAUAGGAAUAUAUGUUUUAAUAUGAAUAUAUUUAUGUCAUAGUAUGAAUAUAUUUAUGUUAUAAUAUGAAUAUAUAUAUUUUAAUAGGAAUAUAUGUUAUAAUAUGAAUAUAUCUUACAUAUAAAUAUAUUUAUGUUAUAAUAUGAAUAUAUUUAUGUUAUAGUAUGAAUAUAUUUAUGUUAUAAUAUGAAUAUAUCUUAUAUGAAUAUAUUUAUGUUAUAAUAUGAAUAUUUUACGUCUUAAUAUGAAUAUAUUUAUGUUACAAUCUGAAUAUAUUUAUGUUAUAGUAUGAAAAUAUAUUUGUUAUAAUAUGAAUAUAUAUGCUUUAAUAGGAAUAUAUGUUAUAAUAUGAAUAUAUCUUACUAUAUGAAUAUAUGUAUGUUAUAAUAUGAAUAUAUUUAUGUUAUAAUAUGAAUAUAUCUUAUAAUAUGAAUAUAUUUAUGUUAUAAUAUGAAUAUUUUACGUUUUAAUAUGAAUAUAUUUGUUACAAUCUGAAUAUAUUUAUGUUAUAAUAUGAAUAUAUCUUACAAUAUGAAUAUAUUUAUGUUAUAAUAUGAAUAUUUUACGUCUUAAUAUGAAUAUAUUUAUGUUACAAUCUGAAUAUAUUUAUGUUAUAAUAUGAAUAUAUGUAUGUUAUAGUAUGAAUAUAUUUAUGUUAUAAUAUGAAUUUAUCUUACAAUAUGAAUAUAUUUAUGUUAUAGUAUGAAUAUAUUUAUGUUAUAAUAUGAAUAUUUUACGUCUUAAUAUGAAUAGAUUUAUGUUACAAUCUGAAUAUAUUUAUGUUAUAAUAUGAAUAUAUAUGUUUUAAUAGGACUAUAUGUUAUAAUAUGAAUAUAUCUGACAAUAUGAAUAUAUUUAUGUUAUAGUAUGGAUAUAUUUGUUAUAACAUGAAUAUACAUUGUAAUAUGAAUAUGUUUAUGUUGAAAUCUGAAUCUGGUGGAGGAGUUGAGGGCCCAAAAGAGCGUUGUUUCCUGUGCUUGUUAUGAACACAUGAAUGCGUGUUAUUUUUGUAAGACAUAACCAUCUUUGUGGCAUGCAUGACAUUCUGUAUAUCCAAGACUUGCUGGUUCCAAAGCAAUAUUUGUCCAAUCUGCUGCGUCGCCUCCAGCCUCUCCGGGAAAAGAGGAAAGAAAAGAAAAAAAAAAAAGUGCAUUUGGACAAAAAAAACUAGGUGUUGAGUGUCCGUGUUCAAUGUGGUGUUCUGCAUGUUUUCCCCGGGAAUGGAACUUUCCCAAACCUUGACUUCUUCUUCCUGCCAGGACCUUUUCAAAGCGACGGACCACUGCCAUCCCCUCCAUCGCUCAUUGUCCGCCAAUCACCCGUGUCUCCGCCUCUCCAUCCCGGCCGCCGUGCGCGAGGAGAACUUUUACGGAAAGUCGUUCACGUUCAAAGUCCAGUCGUUCGCUUUAGGAGACAACUCGGCUGUCUGAGAGGAUGAAUAACAGCAAGGAUGAGCACUGAAAACUCUUAAUCAUCAUUAAAAUGUUUGCCAAAUUA